AUGUUGUCCAUUUUGAGAAAAGCCCGGCUGAAGGAUAAGGAGAUGCGAAUCCUGAUGCUAGGUCUGGACAAUGCCGGGAAGACCACCAUUGUCAAGCAGAUUAUGAAUGAAGAUGUCACCACUGUCAGUCCGACAUUGGGUUUUAUCAUCAAGACGAUAGAUUUUCAGGGAUAUAGACUCAACAUAUGGGACGUUGGAGGCCAAAAGACCCUCCGAUCUUAUUGGAAAAAUUAUUUUGAGAAGACUGAUACAUUAAUCUGGGUUGUUGAUGCGACCGACCGUCUUAGAGUGGAUGAUUGUAGAGAUGAGCUCGCCGGGCUCCUUUUGGAAGAGCGUUUGAUGGGAGCAAGUCUUUUGGUUUUCUUAAAUAAGAGCGAAGUUGAGGGAUGUAUGGAUGAGAAUGAGGUUCGACAACGGCUUGGCUUGGAUUCUAUCAAAACACAUAAAUGGACGAUAUUACCCUGCAGUGCGAUGACAGGAAAGAACCUGCAUGAAGGGCUAGAAUGGGUUGUCCAAGACGCCAAAGAUAGACUUUUCCUGUACUAA